AUGACUGACAGGGGGGUUGACCAGAGACUGAAUAAGGAACUAAACUUCUCCGUCUGUGAAGAAGAUUUUGAGAAUGGAGGUCAGAUGACAGCACAAGGCACCAGAGAGGUCCAGAGCCCAGCGUCUGAGAGGGAUGAGGAUGAGGAGAUGGAGGAUCCCAAGUCUCCCCCCAGAGAUGAACGUUAUCCUUCUCAGAACAGAGACAUAGAAAGUCCAGGUCCCAGUGUGUGGGUACCCCCCUCGCGCCCUUCCCACCAUCCCAUAUGUCCAGAGACGCCAAGACCAUCCAGGAAGAGCAAGCUGCCAGUCGCUGACAACCUCUCCCCACCCAAAACUUCACUGAAUCUGCCUGAGAUGAUUUCAAAAGAAAAACUCUCUGCCCAAAGCUCUAAACGUCUGAGACUCACACCUUCUCCCUUCAUGGAUGAGAAGGCCUCUUUGUCUCUGGUUAAUAUCAACCCAUUCACUCCAGAGUCCUAUAGAAAAUUGGCCCUUCAAUCAAAUGACAAGAGGAAAGCCAGAGGCUACCAUGAAGAAACUGGAGAAGGGGAAAACAAAUCAGAACAGGGGCUGCCUACUAAGAGAAGUAUUCUCCGAGAAACUAAUAUGGCUUCCCGCUAUGAAAAGGAAUUUUUGGAGGUAGAAAAAAUUGGGGUUGGGGAAUUUGGUACAGUCUACAAGUGCGUUAAGAGGCUGGAUGGAUGUCUUUAUGCAAUAAAGCGUUCUUCAAAACCAUUCUCAGGAUUAUCAAAUGGUUUGGAUUUGCAGGAAGUUUAUGCUCUUGCAGUGCUUGGCCAUCACCCCCAUGUGGUACGCUACUAUUCUUCAUGGACAGAAGACGGUCACUUGGUCAUUCAGAAUGAAUACUGUAAUGGUGGGAGCUUGCAAGCUGUGAUAACCGAAAACGCCAAAUCUGGUAGCCACUUCCACGAGGCCAAACUCAAAGACCUCCUUUUACAAGUUUCCUUGGGACUUAAGUACGUCCACAGUUUUGGCAUGGUGCACCUGGACAUCAAACCCAGUAACAUCUUUAUUUGUAAUAAGAUGCAGAGUGACUCUCCCGUAGGUCCAGAAGAGGCUGAAAGUGAGGCUGACUGGUUUCUCUCUGCCAGUGUGAUAUAUAAAAUUGGUGACCUGGUCCACGUGACAUCAAUCAGCAAACCGAAAGUGGAAGAAGGAGAUAUUCGCUUCCUUGCUAAGGAGAUCUUGCAAGAGAAUUAUCAACACCUUCCCCAAGGAGACGUAUUUGCCCUGGGGUUAACAAUUGCAAUGGCUGCAGGAGCAGAGUCACUACCCAGUAACGGUGAUGUGUGGCAUCAUAUCCGCAAGGGGAACUUUCCAGACGUUGUCCAGGAGCUCUCAGAUGACUUCUAUGGUCUACUCAAGAACAUGAUCCACCCUGAUCCAGAGCAGAGACCUUCCGCAGCAGCUCUGGCCAGAAGUCAAAUUCUCCACCCCUUCCCGGAAAAGACAGAUGAACUCCGGAAGCAACUGAACUUGGAGAAGUCCAAUACAGAAAGGGAACUGAAAAAAGCUCAGCAAACCCAGACAGCUCAGAGAGACAUCUGUGAUGGUGGGUCUCAGAGAGACAGCCCUCAUGGUGAUCCUGUGAUCUCUGGGGCCCACGAAGACUCGAGAAGCACAGGACACCUGAUGAGAGGAGUGAGUGAGGAGUCCUCAAGAUUCACUGGUGGAGAAUCAUAA